AUGCGAUUAGGUCGGUGUGGUCGGGAGAGGCUCGCCUAUCCUCUGCCCAGCCCAGCCAUGGUGAAGGAAGAGGCCCCCGGGGGCGAUUCUGACCUGUGGGUGAGUAGCCGUGGGUCUAGGCUUGUCCCCAAAGCCUGCUUGAAGGGAGGACUCCAGGGGUGCCGACUCCCCAUUCAACCACUGGCCAGGCCCCGUGCAGAGACGGAACCAGCUCCAGCCUGUUUUCUCUGGGCUGAAAAGAUCCUCCCCGGCCUCAGAGCGGACCAGGACCCCUUGCAGUCAGGCCGCUCCAGUGUUUGCCCACAGGUCUUCACCCCAGGCCCGCCUGGCCAGCGUUUACACUUUCCUGUGGGGGGCCGCACCUCUGAGUGUUUGCUUCUGCUGUUCCCUCAUCCUGCCUGCCGGCUCCCUGUUCCCCAGAGACAAACACCCACUCUCUUCAUCCGUCAGGGCCCUGCUGCUCCUGGGUGGUUCAUCAGGCCCUGGGCGCUUCCUGCCUUGUGUUCCCGCUGCUGA